AUGCUUUCGCCAAACUCGUGGGAUACACACGUUCAUCUAUUUGACCCAAUUAAUUAUCCGUUUGCCGGAAGACGAACAUACACUACCGACCAGGCACUUCUACCUGGUCUGGAGGCCCAUUCCAGAUAUCUGUGUGGAGGCAUGAUUGGUAACAAUGUACUGGUCCAGCCCUCGCCUUAUGGAACAGACAAUUCGCUUAUUAUUGACACGCUCAGAGGUCACUCCGAUCGGCAAAACGGAUACAAAUUGAGAGGAGUGGUGGUAAUUGAUCCUGAUAACACACCCGUGGAGCUGCUGCAAGAGUGGUGGGAACUGGGUAUCAGAGGUGUCAGAGUCAAUGUCGUGUCUACCGGUCAAUUGGACGUUGAAUAUGUCUCUAAGACCCUAGUCAAGACAGCCGCUCUUGUCGGCCCUCUCGGCUACUUCAUCCAGGCCUAUAUUCCACCAAACUACUGGGACAGUCUGUUUGAUGUCAUUGGGAACCUACCAGUAACGGUAAUUGCAGACCAUUUGGGUGGGAUGAAGAGCCCCGGAGACACUGGAUUCGAGUCCCUCAUCAAGCUGACUGCUAAAAAUGUGCUCAUUCGAGUCUCUGGAUUCUACAGAUUGUCUGAACAGGGGCCUGGAUACAGCGACUUAGAAGAAGUGGUUCAGUUCUUCGCCUCGGAGAGCCCCAACAAGCUAAUUUGGGCUUCUGAUUGGCCCCACACUGGCGGAGGAAAACAGAGACUGCUGCUCAAUCCUGGAGAUGUGGAGCCUUUCAGAGUUAUUGAUAAUCAUGCCAUUCUGCAAAAUCUCAGAUCCUGGGUAGAUGAGCGAACCUGGACUAAUAUGAUGGAAACUCUUCCUGAUAGGAUUUACAAUUGA